AUGCAUGCUGUUGGCGCCGCUCACAGAUGCUCUGGUUGUGUCAUCACUAGGGAGGUGCACGAGAACAGGCACCGAGAGAUCGCAGAACUUGUGGCUGAGUACAAGGCUGAAGAAGCUCCUACAGCGCUGACACUCACACCGUCUCGCAUUCCCCUUCUGGAACGAAACGUUAAUCUCAAUGCCGUGGAACGGCCCAGGCCAGGAAGAGCUGUUCUCCAACUGGAACUUGACCAAGACGAAGGUUAUGCAGGACAACGUAUUCGAGAAGAUCAGGAGAACAUCGAACACGAAGACGACAUUACCUCACUGUCCAGCUAUGCACCAUCAUCUGCAGAUACUCUGGCGACACCGACCAAGAAACUCUCGAAGGCCGAAGCUCGAGCCCAAAAGAAGGCAAAGAAGUCAGCCAAGUCACAGAACAAAGCUCUUAGGAACCAGAGUCGAAACCUCGCUUCAGUGACCCUAGCCGACGUUGAAAAUGUAGCCAAAGUUCUGCAUGGAGACGAUCACGAUGCUAUCACAAGUGGCUCAGCACACCCAUUGGCGACAGACAGGACAAUCGAGGAUGUGAUUAACAGGAAUCUGGCCUUUGUCAAGAACAUCCAAGCACACAAGCAGUAUCUGUUUAGGUCUGUGGCUGCUGGAAGAAAGGAGAACAAGGAAAGGAAGAGGUUAAAGAAGAGGGCUGACAGCGGUGAAACCACAGAGGAAACUGUCGAGAUGGAAGAGGUCGUCACUGCAAUCAUGAUCAAGCUCGGAAUUGCAGCCAGCGUUGCAGCUUCCUCCAUCUCAGGCUCUUCACCUACCUUGUCCUCAACACCGAACCGCAGCACGACAGGUGUCAUCUCUGCUAGUCGCAAACGAGCAAACUCCAGCCUGAAUAUCUCGUCUUCUCCUAUGAGCAACAAGAACAGUCCUGGAGCCUCGAAGACGAUACUCGUCAUUGUUGUAAAGCUUCGACAAGCCAUCAAGUCCGACCUGGAGAAGCAUGAGAAUGAGGUUCACGCAAGAUAUGUGAGGGCUGGCGGCUUCUGGAGAUAUGUUGGUAAGACUGUCUUCGAAAGGAUGACCGAUGUUGCUAAAGAGUUGGAUGUCAGUACUGGAGAGAAGUGGGACAAGAAGAGAGCAAGGGAAGAGAAGCUCGUUGAUAAGGUCGACGAUGAUAUUCCUGCUGAGCAGGAGCACGAGGACGAUACUUGA